AUGAAUCGAGCGUACUUGACGUUGCUGUUAAUAGUCCAAUUAUCUGGUAUUUUGUGCGUUUAUGAGAACGACAUUAUCCGUGAUUACUUCAAGUUCAAGAAGGUGAAGAGGAUCGUGGGGUUCUCUUGCGGUGACGUGGAAGACGACGUUAAGCUCGCUAGAACGUUUAACGAUAUGUACAUCACGUACAUUUCGAUGGUGGACUUCGUAUUCGAGUCUCCGGUGGACCUUAAAAAGCUCUUGAGCGCCGAGUACCAUCAGCUGGGCAUCUUCUUGGAUUGUCGAUGCAAUAACAGGCGUUACAAUAAAAUCUUCGUCGAAGCAACGAAACAUUCCAUGUACGACGAAAUGCAUAAAUGGUUGAUCUUGGGGUCGAACUUGAGCCACAGUUUGAACAUAUUACACGACGAAUCGUUCACUGUUUCCACUGAUAUUGUAAUCGUUGUACCGUCGGAACGCGACUACGUUCUUUACGACGUGUAUAAUCCGUGCAAGGAUCGAGGAGGACCGACGAACGUGACAGUAUUCGGAACCUGGGACGCGGAGAACGGAUUGAACAUCACUCUGACUCAAUCGAAAUUUCAGAGAAGAUCGAAUCUGCAUGGAAUGAAGCUCAAAGUCGGGAUUCUGCAGAUCAAUUAUACGCCGGAGAACACGUCGCUUCACGAUGUAAUGAUGCAGUACACCAAGAGAGGAAAAUAUAGCCGUUCGAAAUUCUUAUAUUUGCUCCUAAACCACAUGUCGGAUCUCUUCAAUUUCACCAUGGAGGUCGUGCAAAUAAAUACACGGAGAAGGUUCGACAAUUCCGGCCCGGUUUUCGCGGCUUUUAAAAGGAAAAUAGUUGACCUCUCGUCGAGUCCGGUCGCGAUGAAAGUCGACAGAUUAAAUAACGGAGACAUAAUCGGGCCUGUAUGGCCUAUACGGUCGUGUUUUAUGUUUCGCACGAUUUCGUCGAUGAAAGUGAAGCCUGGUCAGUUUCUGAAGCCUCUGUCCGUGAAGGUCUGGUACUCUAUACUGACUAUGAUAGGGAUCGUCACAACCAUAUUAAUUCUGCUCAUAAGAAUGGAAGGGAUUCGCAACCCCAUGGAUAUUUACGGGCUCUCUGUUCUACUUACGAUAGGAGCAUUGUCCCAACAAGGCUCUGCGUUCAUCCCGUCUCGCACAGCAGCUCGAAUCGCCUUUCUACAAAUCUUAUUAUUUAGCGUAUUAAUUUUUAAUUACUACUCGGCGAGCGUCGUGUCGGACCGUUUGAAGAACAAGGGAGAGAAGAUGAACGAUUCCCUGAUCAGCUUAGUGAAAAGUAACUUGAAACUCGCGGCGGAACCCACGCCUUACAUUCGCUCUUUUCUUGAGGUACCUGACGAAGAAGUGAGAUACUUUUACAUGAAUCGUUGGAUGAUGAUACCAGAAUACAACAGAUACUUGCCCCUAGAAGAGGGGCUGAACCGCGUGGCGCAAGGAACUUUGGCUUAUCAUACGAUGGUCGAUAAUGCUUAUCCUUACAUCGAGCACACCUUCAACGACAGAAGCAUUUGCGAGCUCACGGAGGUUCAUCUGUUCCGCACCACCUUGGCAUUUUACGCCAGGCACAAAAGCCCAUUCACCGAAUUGUUAAAAAUAGGGUUGACGAAAAUCCGCAACGUCGGUAUUCAAAAUCGCGAGUGGAAACGAUGGUCGGCUAGAAGACCAUACUGUCCGAGCAACCUACUUAUCGCUGAACCUCUAUCGAUUCACGAAUCUGCACCGAUAUUCGUGUUCCUUUGCAUUUCUAUGGGGUUCUCGUUUCUCAUUUGCAUCGCGGAGAAUCUGUUCUACAUGACCGCGCUGACACGGAUGUUGAGUGGCAUGACGGGCAAGAGAAAUGUGAUGGACAUGAACUUGAACAUAACGUCUUUGAGAAACGUUAAUAUGCAGACGCUGAAGAGAUUUAACAUGUUCAAGGAAUGGAUGAAUUCGCAGACUUCUUAAAUUGCGAUUGCUUAUAGAAAUAAUACACUUUUAUUAA